AGAUAGAUAUAGAUAUGAACCUCAACAUAUUUUCAAUUUAAUUUUUUAAAUUAAUAUUUUAUAACCUCAAUUUUUUGAUAAAUUUUAAUUUGAAAAGAAAAGCAAUCAGGGUCUCGCUGUCAGCAGCACUAUAUCCGAUUUCAAAUGCAAGCGGCGAUUUCGUUAUUAAAACCCUACCACCGGCUGAGGCUGAACCACCACGACCACCACCUCCACCGCCGCCGCCACCACCACCACCACCACCACCACGACCACCGUCAUAUUCUUUACGGCCCACUGCUCCUACUCGCCAGGUCUAAUAGACCGAUGACCACCACCGGUGGCGGCGGAAGCAACAAACCAGGGGCGUUCACGACCAUCAAGGAGAGGGUUACGUUCGAACGGGAGAUCAAAAAGAGCAAAUUCAUCGCCAUUUCAGGCCCCAUCUCCGACGAGCGCUCCGCUCACUCCUUCCUCUCCGAGGUUCGGGAUCCCCGUGCCACUCAUAAUUGUUGGGCUUAUAAGGUUGGUGAUCAGUACCGAAGUAAUGAUGAUGGUGAACCAUCUGGUACAGCUGGAAAACCAAUAUAUUCUGCAAUUGUUUCUUCGGGAAUAGAUAGAGUGAUGGUGGUUGUGAUAAGGCACUUUGGCGGUAUCAAACUAGGCACUGGAGGAUUAGUUAGGGCUUAUGGUGGAGUUGCUGCAGAAUGCCUAAAAAAUGCUCCGACAGUGCUUGUGAAAUCUAAAGUUCCGAUGGGUCUGGAGGUUCCAUUUGAUCUUUUGGGAGUUGUAUACCAUCAGCUACAAUCUUUUCAAGUUGAGGACGUCAAGCAAGAUUAUGAAACUGGAAAAGACAAUAUCACCAUGGUCACUUUCAAAGUUGAUUUUGACCGAGUUGAGAGUUUGGAGGAUGCUGUUAAAGCCAAUUGUAGCCGAGAAAUUGUUUUCUACAGGUGCUGAAAUAAAUUUAAGCAACCAUUCUCAUGGUUCUCGGUUCCAUUUUAUGUAGAGUUGUUGAGAUCAUGAAAACCUUUUAGUUUAUCAUGAAGACAACAGUUUCAGGACUGGUAACUACAUCUUCUCUUUCCUGCUUCAAAUCAAACUGUGCUCUUUAUAUUGCAAUGAAUUUCACAGAUCAAUGCAAUAUGGGGUUAUGGCUUGUGUUUGGGGAAUUGUGACUGAUAUAGCAGCGCAUGUUGGUUUAGUUGAAAUUAUGAAAUUGACAAAUAUGUUGGAAAGUCUUUCUUGUAUAUGCAAUUUUUCAGUUUAAUACAAUUAAUACUAAAUUCCUUUUACAUU